GAUCCUGAACUGUGGAAGGUCUUCUGUCACAACACGGGCCGAAUAGGCUAUGUUCCGUCAAACAAUUUGCACAUCUGCCCCACCGAAGAUAAUUCUGUUUGUGGCAGCCCUCGAACUCCGAAGACCCAUUCACAGUCCGGUACCCUAUCUCGAAUGCGCCUUCGACUCAGUCGUCGAGAAAAAAAAGGGUCUUGCCUAACAGAAGAUCCCAUCCGCCGAAUAGACCAGGGAAAAAACCAACAACCCCUUUGUCUUGGAGCCAGUUCGACCGUCAUUACCGGCGAUGUACCCCAUAGCGGGGUGGGCGCGGAGACCCUGACUGACCCGUGA